AUGUUCAAUAAAGUUUCAUCAAGAAAGGAGGACAUGUAUGGAAUUGUUUUUGAUUGUAUAUCAAAGUUCCCAGAUGUCAAUAUAACAAAUGAAUUGAAAGUGAAGUUCAUUAAGUUAUUUUCAGAUCCUAUUUUUUCAAGUGUUGAUAAUCAAAACAAUGAAAACAAAAAAAAGGGAUCACAUGAAAGGGUUGAAUCUCAAAAUGGUGACACAUGGGAGAAUGAUAUAAGUUCUUACAAAUCACCAUAUAUGGAUAAAGUUGUGAAGUUAUUUGAUAGAAUCGAUUUGCAUAAUGUUCUUUUGAUUCAGGUUCUAAUAAGAUGUGCACAAGAUAAAAAUAGAAUGGAGGUACUUUUUGAAACAAAUAUGGGAGAGAUUAUGCAUAAACAGGAUUUUGAGAGCAUGCGGCCUGAACAUGUUAUACAUCAUCGUGUGAUUGAUUCUUGGGCUGCUGUUCUAAAUUAUGAGGAACAAAAAUCAAAAAGUAAACCAUACCGCCUGUUUUUCAAUACCAAAAUUAUGAGUUCUGAGUUGUUAGAUGAAACUAGAUCUUUUGACGAGCGUUUUUUAACUUUUGAGACUCGUGUUGAUAAGUUUCAAUCUAAUUUCAAGGCAAAUGUAGAUUUCAAUGAUCUUAAGCUCAAAUUGUACUUUAUACGAUAUCCGGAGAAAGCUACAUUUAUCGUCAAUAAAAUCAAAGGUUUGCGAUCAACAGCAAUGAAGAUGGUGAAAAUUUACUGGAACACAAAGAAGUUGACAACAGAGAAUGGAGCACUUUUAAUGAGCCAUAUUGAAAAAUAUUGUGGAGAAAAGCAAGGAAAGUGGAAUGUGGAAAUGGAAAAAGGCAGUGAUGUGCAAGAUGUACAAUUUGUAAACUUACGUGCCUUAUAUUCUGUUAAGAUUGCUACACAUGAAAUCAACAACCACAAGGAGAGAGUUAUCAAAGAGGCAGUCGAAUUUGGAAAUUUUGAUCAUGCGACUAGAAAAAAGAUAUUAGAGGAAGGUAUUAAUAGAAUGGAUGAAUUGGAAAUGGGUAGUAAAUAG